UGAUAAUUGAAUGAUGUGGAGGUGUAAUUAAUAUAUUAGUGUGUGGUGUGAAGGAGAGCGGCAGUGUGAGGCGGUGACGCAGGCGAGAGAGGGGUGCCAGGCGGCUCUGUGCGCUCACGGAUGAUGCUCAUGAUCGUCUGACUACGACUUACUGAAGCGAACGACCGACGAUACUUGUAACGAGGUGAUUACAGAAAGUUGAGAAGUAAGAAGAGAGGAAGAUGGCGUUGGCACUGAAGGUGCACAUUGUGGAGCAGAAUGUGCGGAAGAUGAUGCAGUUUGACCCGGCCACACCGGUGUACAAGGCCUGUGAGACCAUCAGGGAGAAGAUUACUGAGGCCAACUUGGGUCAAGCUAAAGAUUAUGGCUUGUUCCUGGCGGGAGAUGAGGGUUCUGGAGUGUGGCUGGAGCCAGGCAGGAACCUCAGCUAUUACCUUCUUAGAGAUCAGGAUGUAGUGGAAUACAGGCGUAAAGUGCGUACGCUGAAGGUGCGCAUGUUGGACGGCACCGUUAAGACUCUGCUGGUAGACGACUCUCAGCCUGUUUCUCAGCUCAUGGUGGUGAUUUGCACCAAAAUUGGUAUAAUGAAUCAUGAUGAAUAUUCAUUGGUUAACGAAAUUGAGCAAGAGGAGAUUGAAAACAAACCCAACUUCGGAACGCUUACAUUGAAGAAGAAAAAGGAAGGAGAUAAGGAGCGUGAUGCAAAGAUGGAACAGCUGAAGAAGAAGCUGCGCACAGAUGAUGAAAUCAACUGGGUUGACCACAGCAAGACGCUGAGAGAACAAGGCAUUGAGGAGAAAGAAAUCUUGUUGCUACGACGAAAAUAUUUCUUCUCAGAUCAAAACAUUGAUUCCAGAGAUCCAGUUCAGUUGGGUCUACUCUAUGUCCAGUGCCGAGAUGCCAUCAUCGAUGGGACUCAUCCCGUGACAUUAGAACGUGCUUGUAGAUUUGCCGGCAUCCAAUGUCAGAUUCAGUUUGGUGAUUAUGUUGAAGCAAAGCAUAAGACUGGUUUUCUUGAUCUCAAAGAAUUCCUGCCUCAGAGUUACAUUAAGACAAAGGGAAUUGAGAAGAUGAUUUUUCAAGAACACAAAUUACACGCUGGCCACAAUGAGUUGGAUGCUAAGGUUGUUUACGUUGGUGAAGCUCGGUCUUUAAAAACCUAUGGAGUGACAUUCUUUCUCGUAAAGGAGAAAAUGAAAGGCAAAAACAAGCUGGUACCUCGGCUGUUGGGUGUGACUAAGGAUUCAGUGUUGCGUCUGGAUGAAAAGACCAAGGAGAUUUUGAAGACAUGGCCGCUGACCACAGUGAGGAGAUGGGCAGCAUCGCCAAACACAUUCACCUUGGACUUUGGCGACUACUCCGAUCAGUACUACUCUGUACAGACUACGGAAGGCGAGCCAAUUGCCCAGCUGAUUGCUGGCUAUAUUGACAUCAUCCUCAAGAAACAGCGAGCUAAGGAUCACAUAGGAAUUGAAGGAGACGAUGGUUCAGCAAUGGUAGAAGAUAUGGUAUCCCCUAUCAGGGCCAAUAUUCUGCAACAUGGAGACACAGGGGGAGGAGCCCAUCAUGUGGAGGAAGAGUCCAUUGCCAAACCUGCAGUUAUGAGGCCUGGAGUCAAUGGCGCACAGAACUUCGGUACAGGCUCCAUGCCCGGAGUGCAGAAUGUGGCCCUUGUGGGGCAGAUCAACCUUGCCCAUCAGCCUCCUUCGGUCAAGCAUCCUCAAGUAACAAGUGUUCUCAGCAAGCCACAAAAAGCCCUUGUCUCUACUAUUGAAACUGGGCAAGUGAUUAUUGGUGAAUGUGCACAAAGUUUGGAGUCCAAGGCUGAACUUCCUGAACUGGGCACAGACCCAGCAUCCAUCAAGUGGAAGCAGGUAACCCUUGACUCAAACAAGCAGACAGUCACGAGUCAGAUUGCUGCCAUGAAUGCUGCCACUGCAGAAGUUGUCACACUAACAUCAUCUGUACAUGAAGAGGUUGAUCACACUGCUGUGGGUGCUGCCAUUCAUACCAUCACAUCUAAUCUGCCAGAAAUGACCAAGGGGGUUCGCAUGAUUGCUGCCUUGCUUGAAACUGAAAAUGAAUCAAAUAAUCUUUUAGGUGCAGCAAGGGUUCUCUGCAAUGCCUUUUCUGACUUAUUGAUUGCUGCUGAACCCGAGAGAAAAGAACCACGUCAGGGUUUGCUUACAGCUGCUUCUCAAGUUGGAGAGGCAUCCAACGUUGUCCUUCACACUGUUGAUGCUCAGUUAGAUCACGAAACUCAAGAUAUUCUUCUAGGACUGGCUAAGGCUGUUGCAAACACCACUGCAGCUCUUAUCCUCAAAGCCAAGGCAGUUGCAUCACGCUGUGAGGAUCAAGACCUCCAAAAUGUUGUAAUUAAUUCUGCCACUGCAUGUGCUCUAGCUACCUCCCAACUGGUAGCAUGUGCUAAAGUAGUAGCCCCAACUAUUGAUAGCCCUGCAUGUCAGAGUCAGCUAAUUGAAGCUGCAAAGGAAGUUGGUCGUGCUGUUGAAUGCAUGGUUCAAGUGUGCCAACGGGCCACUCAAGAUGAUAUACUACUUCGUGAUCUCUCCCAAGCAGCAGCUGAAGUCACUCGAGCUCUCAAUGAUCUUCUAAACCACAUUAAGACUGCAGGGGAACAAAGAGGGCGUCUCAGUGUUCACGAUGAAGCUGUGGAAACGAUCCUUAUAUCAAGUGAAAAGUUAUUUGCUUCUCAGGGUAAUGCAUCAGAAAUGGUAAGACAGGCUAAGAUUUUGGCACAAGCCACAUCACACCUUAUACAAUCUAUUAAAUACGAGGCAGAAACCCAAGAUGAUUUAGAUCUGCAGAACAGAUUAUUAGCUGCAGCUAAACAACUUGCUGAUGCCACAGCAAAGAUGGUAGAGGCUGCCAAGCAGUGUGCUUCAAAUCCUAAUGAUGAAAAUAGGCAAGUAUUACUUAGAGAAGCUGCAGAGAAUGUUCGUGUUGCAACCAAUGCUGCUGCAGCCAAUGCACUGAAGAAAAAGAUUAUUAAGCGCUUGGAGAAUGCUGCUAAGCAUGCUGCUGCCACAGGUACUCAGUGUAUGGCUGCUGCCCAGGGUGCCGGUCCACACAACAGUAGUCCACCCACUCAGGACGAGUUAAUAUCUGACUGUAAAUCAGUAGCCGAUGUUAUUCCUCGGCUUGUGGAAGGUGUGAAGGGUACUAUCAACACUCCAGACUCCCCACGUGCUCAGUUGGCCCUCAUUAAUUCAUGCAACCAGUUUCUACAGCCUGGUACAAAAAUGGUAGCCUCUGUGAAAGCGGCUUUACCCACUAUCUCAGACCAAGCUUCUGCCCUCCAACUAAAUAAUUCUUCCAAGCAGUUUGGCCAAGCACUGGUUGACCUUAGAUCUGCCAUUGGAAAAGCUCAAGAAGCUUGUGGAUCACUAGAAAUUGACUCUGCAUUAGAUGCCAUUCAGUAUCUCAGUGAUGAUCUUAAUGAUCUUAAAAAAGCAGCCGAAACAGGUACUUUACGACCUCUUCCAGGUGAGACUCCGGAGAAUGCUGCGCAGCAACUUACAAAUUCUAGCAAGACUGUAGGCUCCACCAUGGCACAGUUACUAACUUCAUCUUCCCAAGGUAACCAACAUUUCACAGGCUUGGCAUCUCGUGAUACUGCACAGGCCCUCAAAGAAUUUUCUGAUGCAGUUCGAGGUGUUGUCGCUACAACCACGGAGCAUACUGUGAGGACUCGACUGAUAGAAGCUGCACGAGAAGUCAUGAUCAAGUCUUCAGAGUUAAUUGAAGAGGCACGUAUUGUGGUACAGGGCCCUCAGAGUGUUGCUUCACAACAGAAGCUUGCUCAGGUUGCUAAAGGAGUAUCACAAGCUCUCAAUAUGACAGUUAAUUGCUUACCAGGACAGAAGGAUGUUGAUGAUGCUAUAAUGAGCAUUACAGACUCUACUAAUGAUUUGGAUGCUGGCAGGUUCCCACGUAGCUCAAAACCAUAUGGCGAGUUGCAGUCUGAACUGAGCAAUGCUGCUGCUGAACUCAACAGUGUUACUUCAGAAGUGGUGACCUCGGCACGUAUGUCAACACAACAUUUGGCAACGUCAUCUAAGAAAUUCUCUGGUGCUUUUGGCAGUUUAAUGGGUGUUGGCAUGGAGAUGGCUGGUACUGCUCAAGAUCGUGAAGUACAGGGACAGAUAGUUAUUAGCUUGAAGAGCGUGUCUAUGUCCUCAUCUAAGUUGUUAGUAUCUGCAAAAACAGUUUCUUCAGAUCCUAAUGCACCCAAUGCUAAGAACCAGCUGGCAAGUGCUGCACGUGCUGUUACUGACUCCAUCAACAAUCUCAUCAAUGUGUGCACUUCUGCUGCUCCAGGGCAGAAGGAGUGUGAUAAUGCUGUUCGUGCUAUUCACUCAAUGAAGCCUCUUCUUGACCAUCCAUCUGAGGCUGUUACCGAUAUGUCGUACUUUGAAUGUUUGGAUACUGUCAUGGAUCGCUCGAAGAGUCUAGGGGAUGCCAUGACUGGCAUUGCUAACCAUGCCAAGAAAUUGGAACAUGACAAAUUUGGGUAUGCUGUAAAAGAUGUGAGUAAUGCUAUCUGUGGACUGGUUGAGAGCGCUGCUCAAGCUGCGUACCUUGUUGGUGUGUCUGACCCUUCAAGUGUUUCUGGACGUCCUGGAUUAGUUGAUCAGUCUCAGUUUGCUCGUGCAAAUCAAGCUAUUGUUACAGCUUGCCAAACUCUCACUGACUCAAACAGCAAUCAACAGCAGGUCCUUAGUGCAGCAACAAUCAUUGCCAAGCACACAAGUGCCUUAUGCAACAGCUGCCGUGUUGCAUCUGCCAAGACCAACAAUGUAGUGGCCAAAAGACAUUUUGUGCAAUCUGCUAAAGAUGUUGCUAAUGCAACUGCUCACCUGGUUAAGGAAAUUAAGACUCUGGACCAGGAUUACAGUGAUGUAAACCGUGCCCGUUGUAGUGCUGCCACCAAACCACUGCUUGAAGCUGUAGAAAAUCUGUGCACGUUUGCAAGCUCUCCAGACUUUGCAUCAGUUCCUGCAAGAAUUUCUGCCAAAGCUCGUGAAUCUCAGGAGCCAAUUACAUCUGCAGGAAAGUCAAUCAUCAGUGGGUCAUGUUCCAUGAUUGAAUCAGCCAAGAGCCUGGCUGUUAACCCCAAAGACCCACCUACUUGGCAGUCAUUGGCUAGCCAUAGUAAGAGUGUUUCUGACAGCAUUAAAAGUCUUGUGGCAUCUAUCAGGGAUAAGGCACCAGGACAGAAGGAGUGUGACGAAGCCCUCGACAAGCUGAACAUGAACAUCCGAGACUUGGACCAAGCUUCUCUACGUGUCUUGGACCAGAAUCUUGAACAGCACAGUGAGAACAGUCUCCAGGGAUACAAUGAACAAGUUGAAAAUGCUGGUCAGGCUCUGCUAAACAAUAUUGACAAGGUCCGAAAUGCUGCCAAAAGUGAAGCUGAAAAUCUUGGUCAUGCCGUCACGCAGAUGUCCAGCUAUUUCGAUCCCAUGGUUAAAGCUUCCAUUUGCUCGGCAUCAAAUAUGCUUAACAGUAAGCAGCAGAUGUGUCUGCUGGACCAAACCAAGACUGUGGCCGAGUGUGCUCUGCAGUUAGUGUACGCAGCCAAGGAGGCGGGUGGCAACCCUAAAGCUACGCAUGCUCACCCAGAUGUUGAUGAUGCAGCUGACACAAUGAAGGAGACCUUGCAGGAACUGCUGCUAACUGUGGAGACUAUUGCAACUGAGGCUGGUGUUGUGUCGGGCUUGGUGGAGUCCAUCACUACAGCAAUGCAUCAUAUUGAAAGCCCAUCUGGAGUGCCCGCCGAUGACAUUGAUAGUUUUGUUGAUUACCAAACGCGUAUGGUCACAGCUGCCAAAGAGAUUGCACGGCUUGCUCAGGAUAUGGUGGGUAAGGCCACUGCAGAUGCUUCACAGCUUGGAAAUUUGGGUGCCAGUGUGUCUCACCAGUACAGCUCUCUCUCUUCAGACUCGGCUGGGGCCAUCCGGCAAACCACAAAUGUCGAGGUGGCUAGCCGGUUACGAAGCAGCGUUCAUGAACUUGGUCAAGCCUGUAUCGAGCUGGUAAAGGCAGGAGGAUCUUGCCAGUCUGCUCCACGUGAUACCUUCAGUCAACGAGACUUGUCUGAAUCUGCCCGACAAGUUAAAGAGAAGGCUUCUCACGUGUUGGCUGCGCUCCAAGCUGGUUCCCGAGGCACUCAAGCAUGCAUCAAUGCUGCAUCCACCGUGUCUGGCAUAAUUGGUGAUUUAGAUACAACAAUUAUGUUUGCCACUGCGGGCACACUUAAUGCUGAGAAAGAAGGAGAAAACUUCUCUGAUCACCGUGAAUACAUUCUAAAAACUGCCAAGGCACUGGUUGAAGACACCAAGACACUUGUGGCUGGUGCGGCAUCCUCCCAAGAACAGCUGGCUGUUGCUGCACAGAAUGCAGUAACUACAAUAGUACAGCUGUCAGAUAUUGUCAAAAGUGGGGCCUCUUCACUUGGAGCCAACAACCCUGAGCCACAGGUGAUGCUGUUGAAUGCUGUCAAGGAUGUUGCAAUGGCUCUUGGAGAUUUGAUUCAUGCGACCAAGGCUGCAUCUGGCAAAUCGCUCAAUGAUCCUGCAAUGACUACACUGAAGGAGUCUGCAAAGAUGAUGCUCUGGAACACAUGCCUUCGGACACAUGUACAGGUUAUGGUGACCAAUGUAACUUCACUCCUCAAGACGGUGAAGGCUGUGGAAGAUGAACACACACGCGGCACAAGAGCUCUGGAGGCCACAAUUGAGGCUAUUGCACAAGAAAUUAGGGCCUUUGAUUCUGAUGAAGCACCCAAAACAAAGGCAACUCCUGAAGACCUGGUGAGAUGCACAAAACCCAUAACUCAUGCCACAGCCAAGGCUGUGGGGGCUGGCAACAGCCUCAAACAAGAGGACGUCAUUGUUGCUGCCAAUAUGGGUCGCAAAGCUAUCUCUGACAUGCUCACCACCUGUAAGGCUGCUGCAUGGUGUGCCGAAACCAUUGAACUCAGGUCAAAGGUAAUGACCUCUGGCCACGAUUUGGCCGUACAGUACCGAGAGCUGCUGCAGAUGGUAAUGCAUCUUCUGCACAAGUCGAGCCCUGAAGCUAGGAAUGCUCUGAGCACAGUGUCUCGCAAGAUUGCCCAGUGUGUCACAGACUUGGUGGCCACAACCGAACCACUUAAGGCCCACUUCAAAUGGCACGAGGCCGGCGUGAGUCCGCCCAGUGGUCAUGAUUGGGAAGACCCAGAUGACCCGACAGUUAUUGCUGAAAAUGAACUCAUUGGUGCUGCCAACUCCAUUGAUGCGGCAGCUCGUAAACUUAUGAUACUUCGCCCACGUCGAGCAGAAACUAAGGAAGUUGACGAGUCGAUGAACUUUGAUGAUAUCAUCUUGGAAGCAUGUAAAUCCAUUGCUGCUGCAACUGGAGCCUUAGUAAAAGCUGCAUCCACAGCACAGAGGGAGCUAGUUGAUUCUGGGCGUGUGCGCCGCCGACCUACUGCCGCUUCAGAUGAUGGCCAGUGGUCUGAGGGCCUAAUUUCUGCUGCUCGUCUGGUGGCGGCAGCAACUCACUCUCUUUGUGAGGCUGCCAAUGCAUUGGUUCAGGGACAAGCUAGUGAGGAGAAACUAAUCUCAGCCGCUAAACAGGUUGCUGGCUCGACGGCACAGUUGCUUGUUGCUUGCAAGGUAAAAGCAGAUCCUGAUUCCAGUGCAACAAAGCGCCUCCAGGCAGCUGGCAAUGCUGUAAAACGUGCCACUGAUAAUUUAGUUCGGGCUGCUCAGCAAGCCAUUGAAAAUGAAGAGGAAGUCACAGUGGUUGUACCAAGCCGUAAGGUUCCUAACAUGUCUCAGAUUAUUGAUGCUCGAGCAAGAUUUUAUGAACUACAGAGACAAGCAGAUUUAGCAAGAGAAACACUGAAAAUUCUUCAGAUUAGCCAAUAUAAGGAUGGCAGCGAAUCAGGGCUAUCUGAUACCGAUCAAUCUGGAUAUGAUUCCUCCUCAAAAUAUGACUCGUCAUAUGAAAAAUCAGGAGUAAUCACCUCAACCCGUGCGAUUAAGGUGAACUAUAAGCCAGAACCUCCACGUCCUCAGCUUUUGAAUCAAUCGUACACGACAACUUUCAACUCCACUCCAAAUCGUUCCCAUCUCACUUCUGCUCAGAUUACUCAUUCUUUUAGACCAUCACAGAACCAAGCAAAUGGUGGAACAGCAUCAUCUGACACUUCUUUCAAUCUGUCAAGAAUAAGCGAUAGUGCGGCAGAGUUUGAUGACGGACCGACUUUCAAAGAAGCUCUACGAACAUUCCAGAAGGAUGGAAGCUCAUCUGUCACAACCUCGUCCAAUGUCCAAAACAGAUCCAGUAGAUCAGUCACUGAAUCCAAGCAGAUCCUCACAAGCUCCACACAGCAAAUUGAGCGCACCAUGCACAUGACCAGCUCAAAUAAAAGCUAUCACGUAGAAGAGAGUUGAAACAAAUACUCUCUGCAUUUACAGUACUGUUUUAGAUGCUAUGAUGUAUGCAUCAUAGCUAUGAUAAAUAUAUAUGAUGUAUAGCUGUCACCUGGCUAUGAUAAAUGGCCAGGUGUGGCUGUUUAAUAUCCUGACAUAAUCUUUGUUGUCUAAGAAUAUUCUAUUUUGUGUAGAUGAACAUUUAACAUAUUACAUAUAUAUCAGCAUAUAUACUGGUGCAGUAACUACAAGUUCUAUGUCAGGCUUAAUGUUGCUUUCACCCAAGUGCUUUUGUGUCUGCAUUUAAGAUAGGUAACCCAGUUGGUAAUGGUCUAUAGGGACUCUUGGUGCCUUGAAGUGUCCAUCCAGAAACACCCAGCCCAGGUAUGUAUAAUAGAAACUGGGACUCCUGCCUUAGUACUGGAAAUUUUUAGCCUGUAAUUGUCAGGUAUUUAAUGGCUUUUUAAUGUAAUUUGUCAUUACCAUAAUGCUGUAAAUCAAAUUAAAUAAUUUGUUAAGAUAAAAAUUGACAUGAAGAUUUGUGAUUAAAAUUAAUAUAUUAAUUUUUAUUUAAACUUUAAGAGAUGUGAUUUUUUAAACCAAAUAUUUUAAAGUGUAUAAAUUGGAAUGUUUUAAGUUUACAUUAUUCAAACUAUUUCCGAUAGAUGUAAACAAUUAAUAAUAGCCCGGCAAUCUUGUUAUUUAACAUUUUGGUGCUGAUAUUUUUGUUCAUAUAAUAGUCAUAUUAAACAUAUCAUAAUGUACAGUUGUGUUGUAUGCCACUGUAAUCUAGCUUAGUACAAAGAAGGUAAACUGGAGAAAGGGAGAAUUAUAAUAUUGAGAGAGAUUCAUGCAAGAAUUGCUUUUUCUGCAUUGUAUUUUCUCUUUGAUCUUAAUGUGACAAUAUUUUCUUAAAUAUAAAACUUUUUAGAGUUGCCACUUACUACGAGUACUGUAAUAAAUAGCACUACAUUGUUAUAAAAUGUUAUGCUUGAUUCUCCCUUUCUCUUUGCACUGCUCUCCACCUUCUUCAUGCGAGCCCACUCCAGUAAAUCCGUCGCAAGUUAUACAGUGCCUGGGGUCAUGAGAUCCUUGUGUCUUACCAUCUAAUUUGUAAUAUAUAAUAAAAGUGUGUUUAAAAAAAUAUGUUGUAUUUAUGAUGACUUACCCUCUAUGACAAUUGAUCUUAAUAAAUUCCAUAUUACAAAUGUUGGUUAAAAGUGUCUUAUGCCCAAUAAAUAAAAUAAACUAGAA